AUGGAAGCAGAUAGAAUUCAAGGUGAUGAAGAUGUUCAACAUAAAUUUGUUAAACUACAAGCAGCAUGUGCAGCUCUUAAAGAAUCAAUCAGGACAAUCUAUGGCAAUUCUUUAUCAAACGAAGAACUCAAUAAAUUAGCCUCGGGAAAUAAUGAGUUGGAGAAGAUGAUAGCCAGCUCUCCUGCUGUUUUAAUCUCGACAUCUCUUAACGAUGCCAAAACAAACCUUAACAUAUAUGACCUGUUCGAUUAUUACAAAUUCAACUCAGAAAUCUUUGAUAAGCAAAGUCUUUUUACUGCUCCAGAAAUAAUGUCAAGUGACUUACAAGAAUUGGUUUUUUCUCACAAGGAACUCAUUGUUUCCGAAAGGGUUGAAGAUAAUGAAACUCUAGUCCACGUAGGUGAAGAUUGGUUAAACGCUCUGUUGUCCGAAAUUAUUUAUAAGAAAUUCCCAUUCUCGAACACAAGAGCAUUCCUCAAAAUUAAGCAAGAAAUAUUAAAUGAGGAUUACUUAUCUGUUUGGACAAGUCAAAUUCCACUAUUCGUGAAGUUCGAGAAUGAGAUUUUGGCUGCCCCAAGGAACAAAGACAUAAGCGAAGGUGAAUUGUCCCAUAUCAAAAGCGAUUGUUUCAAAUCUUAUGUUGGCGCAUUGGUAAUUGAAGACAAUAACAUAAGUACCAAUGAUAUUACUGUUUGGUUGCGUUCAUUAUUCCAACCUUUAAUUCAAAAGAUUCAAUACAAUCAUUUAAACGGACUAUACUCAGGCAACGCUAAAGAGCAACUAACUCACUUCAUGGAAAAUAAUAAGUUCGGACUAGACCUUCAUUUUGAAACCGAAGUUAAGACUUCUGAAUCUGUUUCUUGCCAGAUCUACUUAGGUAAUAAAAUAAUCGCAUCAGGCGAAGGUUCUGAUGACCAUGACGCCGAAGAAAAUGCUGCUGCAUCUAUUUUACUCAACAAUUCUAUUAUUUCAAAGUAUUCAAUCCAUCCAUUCAACGAAGGAGAAGCCAAAAAUCUUGCGCUGCCCAUGAAGAAAUCUGCAAACCUUGUCGAACAUGUACCUUCUCAAGAAUCACCUAUUACAGAAAAUGCGAAGGUUGAUAAUGAUACGAAGAUCAAGGAAAAGGAUGAGUCAAGUUUCUUAUUACAAGAUGAAAAGGAGAAACACCUAGUGGGGCAAGAGACUCCAGUAAAAGAAGAGAAAAAAGUGAAACAAGAUAAUGCUGCUGCUGAUGACAAAUUUACUGAAAGAACCGAAGAGGAAAUGAAGGCCCUCCCUCUAAAUACUGCUGCAAGUAAGACUGACAAGGCCACUUUAUACAGAGAGAUUGGUAUGUUUAAUCACUAUCCACAAUAUAUUACUAUCCAAUUAAGUCUAAAUGAUUUCUACUCUAGUUGCCAUAUCUUGAAUAAACCUAAUUCCUGUUUGGGUGGGGGCCGUGGUACAAACAAAAAGAUUGCCGAACAAUGUGCUGCCACUGAAGUUCUGAAGACUAAAUCUUAUAAAAAGUUCUUUAAAACUGAAGUUAAUCAUGAUAACGAUGAUGAUUCUAUCCAUUUACUUACGGAUGAUGAAGAGGACACAGCCACGGAAGCAAACCCAAACGAUCCAAAUUCAAUUGAAAACUCGAAAUACUUUAAAUCUUCCUAUUAUUUGGAUCUUGUGUUACAUGAAACUUGUGAUAAGCUUGCGAUGACUAAUCUUUACGCAGAACUAGGUAAGUUUGGUUUCCAACCACAAUAUGAGACGCAAACUAUAGAUACUAACGAUUUUUAUUCAUUCUGUUUUGUGAAGAAUACAUCUAUAAUCAUUGGUGAGGGACGUGGUACUUCCAAGAAAACAUCACAACAGAUUGCAGCUACAUCUGCACUUGAAGGGGAGGCAUUGAAGGAAUUUGUUAACAGCUAG